AUGGCAACAUAUACAAGCUCCGAUGGGUAUUCCUUUGUUCGAACUUUUAGCAAUAUCAGUAAAGCAAGCGCUACCACUGUCGAGACCGUUGAUGUUGUUCCAAAAAGAAUGCCAGAGUACCAUUAUUAUCGAACCAUGUGGUGGGAAAAAGGCGACUUCAAUCCAAAAGCAAAUUGGGAAGAAGCAACACUUCCAUAUAAACUUGCGGUUGGUGUCACCUUGGAAGAAUAUGAAGAGCGUUCGGAUAAGUUUAACAUCCGUGGAUAUUGGGAAUGGGUUAACGGCGAUGUUAUAAUUUAUGAACUUCCUUCAAAGCCACACGAAGUUUUUAUUGUUACGAUAUCUGAAGAAAUAUUCUGGAGAUGCUCUCCUGUGCGUGGAACUGAUGGCAGUAUCAUAGGUCUUGGCGCAAUUCGAACUCGCGCCGACGAUUCUGAGAAAGAAGGGGAUGCAUCUUUUCGCCCUGAAAAACCACGAGUGCGACCACCAAAUGGGAGUGAUGGAAAGGGCGAGCCCUGGCCGAAUAUCGUCAUCGAAGUGGCGUAUUUUGAGAGUAAAUCACAUGUUCUUGAAAAAGUGAAAGAUUUCUGGCUACGCAAUUGGAGUCGUGCCCACGACGCGAUCGUGGUUAAGAUUGAUAAACCUCCUGAAGAAGACCAAGCUCCUUUACGGAUGCAAUUUGAAUUCGGUACCCAUGACAAAAAUGGGAACCUGACAAAUAUUCAACCAGGCCAAUGUGUCAUCAACAUUUCCCUUGAUUGUUUGUAUCACGAUGCGUUUCCUGAAGCUACAACUCACCGACAACUUCUCCCUGAUCCAAUU